UUUCCGGCCCGAAGUGCCGCACCAGCUGGCCGGAGACGUGUAACGGACGGUGGGCUGCGGCCAUGGCCGAGAGGAAACCUAACGGUGGCGGCGGUGCCGCCUCCGCCUCCUCGUCGGGUACUAACUUACUCUUCUCCUCCUCGGCGACGGAGUUCAGCUUCAACGUGCCCUUCAUCCCGGUCACCCAAACCGCCGCUGCCUCGGCCUCCUUGCUCUUGCCCGGAGAGGACUCCACAGAUGUUGGCGAGGAGGACAGCUUCCUCGGUCAGACUUUGGCUCACACGUCUACCCCGCAGACAUUUAGUUACUUCUCUCAGGUAUCGAGCAGUAGCGAUCCUUUUGGGAAUAUUGGACAGUCGCCGUUGCCAACUACAGCAGCAUCGGCUGGACAGUCAGCAUUCUCCAAGACCCCGACUGCUCUCCCUUUUACAACGGGAUCCCAAGAUAUGUCGAAUGUGUUUUCACCAUCCAUUUCGAAGGCUCAAUAUGGUGCUCCACCUUCUUCACAGAUGGGAAUAAAUACUUAUCUGCCUUCUCAGCCAAGUAGUCUCCCGCCUUCAAAUUUUGGGAGCCCACCCCAAGGAACACCGCAACAAGGAUACAAUCCAUAUCGCCAUACCCCUGUGAGCAGCAGGGCGAAUCCUUACAUUGCACCCCCGCAGCUGCAGCAGGGCCAGACACCAGGCCAUCCCACUCCUCCUCCACCCUCCGGACCCCCUGUUCAGAUGUACCAGACGCCUCCAGGAGCUUCGCCACCGGUUCCUCCUGCAGUGCAGUCAGGGCUGUCCCCUCCUCCACAGCAGCAGGCGCUUGCCAGACCUCUGGGUCCCCCCGUGCAAGUGCCACCUCCUUUUUUACUUCAAAGCCAAUAUGAACCUGUUCAACCCCAUUGGUUUUACUGCAAGGAGGUAGAGUACAAACAGCUAUGGAUGCCUUUCAGUGUGCUGGACUCUCUGAAUCUGGAAGAAAUCUAUAAUUCAGUCCAGCCAGACCCUGAGAGCGUGGUCCUCGGCACGGAUGGGGGCCGCUACGAUGUUUAUCUCUACGACCGGAUGAGGAAAGCCGUGUACUGGGAAGAGGAGCCGGCGGAAGUGAGACGCUGCACGUGGUUUUACAAAGGGGACACAGAUAGCAGAUUUAUUCCCUACACAGAGGAGUUCAGUGAAAAACUGGAGGCUGAAUAUAAAAAAGCUGUAACCACGAAUCAAUGGCACCGUAGAUUAGAGUUUCCAAGUGGAGAGACAAUUGUUAUGCACAAUCCAAAGGUUAUUGUUCAGUUCCAGCCUUCAUCAGUGCCAGAUGAAUGGGGAACCACACAAGACGGACAGACAAGGCCCAGGGUUGUAAAGCGUGGAAUUGAUGAUAACCUUGAUGAAAUUCCUGAUGGGGAAAUGCCUCAGGUGGAUCAUUUGGUGUUCAUGGUACAUGGCAUUGGACCUGUGUGUGACUUGCGCUUUAGAAGCAUUAUUGAAUGUGUGGAUGAUUUUAGGGUGGUUUCUCUCAAAUUGCUGCAGACACACUUCAAGAAAGCUUUAGAUGAUCGGAAGGUCAGCAGAGUAGAGUUCCUUCCAGUUCACUGGCAUAGCUCCUUGGGCGGGGAUGCCACGGGCGUUGACAGGAAUAUUAAGAAAAUCACUUUACCAAGUAUUGGUCGGUUUCGUCACUUUACCAAUGAAACCUUGCUAGAUAUUUUAUUUUACAAUAGCCCCACCUACUGUCAGACGAUUGUGGAAAAAGUAGGAAUGGAGAUAAACCGUCUGCAUGCACUCUUUAUGAGUCGGAACCCAGACUUCAAAGGAGGAAUCUCUGUUGCUGGUCACAGUUUAGGUUCUUUAAUAUUAUUUGACAUCCUGUCUAAUCAAAAAGAUUUGAAUUUAUCAAAGUCUCCUGGGCCUUUUGCUGUUGCUAAUGGAGUUGUGAAGCAGCCACAUUUUCAGGAAAAACAGGCUCCUGAAGAGCCAAAGCUGACUUUGGAUGAAUCUUGUGACCUUGAUGUUGAAAAUGAAGAAGUCCUAACUUUGCAAGAAACUCUGGAAGGACUUAGUCUCUCUGAAUACUUUAGCACUUUUGAAAAGGAAAAGAUCGAUAUGGAAUCUCUGCUUAUGUGUACAGUUGAUGACCUGAAGGAAAUGGGCAUACCCCUUGGACCCAGAAAGAAGAUAGCUAACUUCGUAAAACAUAAAGCAGUUAAAUUGGAACAGAAAAAAGCAGCAUCAGAAAAGAAGGCAGUGAUGGCCGCUUCGACAAAAGGACAAGAGGAAAGUGCUCAGAAAGCUAAAGAAAUGGCUUCUAUCCCCUCAGAAUCUAACGGGUCCAAGAGGAAACUUCCAGUUGGUGCUUACGUUUCUUCUAUGCAUGUUGAUUAUGAGUCUUUUGAAGUUGGCACUGGACAAGUUUCUGUUGUUUACAACUCAUUAGACUUUGAACCAGAGAUUUUCUUUGCCUUGGGAUCUCCAAUUGGUAUGUUUCUUACUAUUCGAGGAGUGCACAGGAUAGAUGAGAACUAUAGGCUUCCCACCUGUAAGGGAUUCUUCAAUAUUUAUCAUCCACUUGAUCCAGUGGCCUAUAGAUUAGAACCUAUGAUUGUUCCAGAUUUGGACCUAAAAGCAGUUCUCAUUCCACAUCAUAAAGGCAGAAAAAGACUUCAUUUAGAGUUGAAAGAAAGUCUCUCUCGUAUGGGAUCUGAUUUGAAGCAGGGUUUUAUUAGCUCUCUGAAAAGUGCUUGGCAGACGUUAAAUGAAUUUGCCCGCGCUCAUACCUCUUCAACUCAGUUGCAAGAAGAAUUAGAGAAGGUAGCCAAUCAAAUCAAAGAAGAGGAAGAAAAGCAAGUAGUUGAAGCAGAAAAGAUUGUUGAAAGUCCAGAUUUUUCCAAGGAUGAGGACUACUUAGGAAAGGUUGGAAUGCUAAAUGGAGGCCGCCGAAUUGACUACGUCCUUCAAGAAAAGCCAAUAGAGAGUUUUAAUGAAUAUCUUUUUGCUCUUCAGAGUCACUUAUGCUACUGGGAAUCUGAAGAUACUGCCCUGUUAUUACUUAAAGAAAUUUACCGAACAAUGAACAUUAGUCCAGAACAGCCCCAGCAUUGAUUGGACUUCACUUUCACUGUAGAGUUGCAGUACGAUUACGUUGCUGAGAAGAUCCUCAGAGGACGUUCCCAGCUUGCUCCUGUGACGGGUGACAGAGAAGUGAUUCAUCGACAGUUGCUCAGAUGUGAUUCUCAGAUGUAGGGAUUCAUUUUAAAGAAAACAUACCGAACAAAAAGACAGUGAAAAACCAGUACCACAUUUGGACAGAAGAGACGAGAAAUGUAAUCAUCACAAUGAUGCAGUUAAAAAUUCCUCUGAUCAGUUUAGUUGUACAGUUGUCAAAGUAAUGUGUGAUAUCAACGAAGAAAUACCUGUAGCAUGCAGACGUUUGUUUCUGUUUCUUAAAAAAUUAUUGUCAGUAGGCUAUUAAACUUGCAUUUUUUUAAAUUAA